AUGUACAAGUUCGCCGUCGCCAUCGUCGCUGCUUUCGCCGUCUUCUUCGGCCAGGCGUCCGCCGCGACUCUGCUCGCUGACAACCCUGCAGUCGACGCCUGCAACGGCAGCAACCACUAUGGCGAGGGCCACGACUGCGCCUUCAAGAGCGCCGACGGCACUGCUGAGGGCGUCUGCCACAAGGACGGCAGCGGUGUCCUCACCUGCGUCACCAACCAAGCGACUCUCACCAACCGAACGAGGCAGGAGGGAAUAUCUUUAUGUGGCGAGCGGCGUCGUGUUAUCUUAUUGUAA